CGUUUCCCUUUCCCUUUCCUUCUCCCCUCAUCAUCUUCAGCCUUUCCACUCUACCCUCUCUUAUCUCCUUCUGACGUUUUCGUCAUCUCCUAUACCACCUCAUUCACAAUGUCUGCUCCUGCUGCUUUCUCCGACAUCGCCAAGGCGGCCAACGAUCUCCUGAACAAGGACUUCUACCACAACAGCGCCGCCAACCUCGAGGUUAAGUCCAAGGCUCCCAAUGGCGUCACCUUCAACGUGAAGGGCAAGUCUGCCCACGAGGGUCCCAUUGCUGGCUCCCUCGAGGCCAAGUACGUUGACCAGCCCACUGGUAAAGGCCCCCGGAAACGCAAAAAACAAUGCGAACAUCCCUUGCGCACACCACCCGUCCCUUCGUCCCCAGCAGUGCUUGAGGAUAGGUUCACGUUCAUGUUUGCGUGCAGCCAUGCCCCAUCCCAGCGCUUCUUCCUUCACUUCAUGUCCAGGAUUGUGGAACAUGCAGGAAUGCUAAUUAUCCGUCCCCACCCAGGCCUUACCCUCACCCAGGCUUGGACCACUGCCAACGCCCUCGACACCAAGCUCGAGCUCGACAACAACAUCGCCAAGGGUCUCAAGGCUGAGAUCCUGACCCAGUACCUCCCUGCCAAGCAGUCCAAGGGUGCUAAGCUCAACCUCUACUUCAAGCAGCCCAACCUGCACGCCCGUGCCUUCUUCGACCUCCUCAACGGCCCCUCCGCCAACUUCGACGCUGUUCUCGGCCACGAGGGCUUCCUCGUCGGUGCUGAGGGUGGCUACGACGUCCAGAAGGCCGCCAUCACCAAGUACUCCGCUGCCGUUGGCUACAGCGUUCCCCAGUACUCCGCUGCCAUCACCGCUGGCAACAACCUGACCGUCUUCUCCGCCAGCUACUACCACCGCGUCAACGCUCAGGUUGAGGCUGGUGCUAAGGCUACCUGGGACUCCAAGACCGGCAACUCCGUCGGCCUUGAGGUUGCCAGCAAGUACCGCCUUGACCCCUCUUCCUUCGCCAAGGCCAAGAUCAACGACCGUGGUGUUGCCGCUCUGGCCUACAACGUUCUCCUCCGCCCUGGUGUUACCCUCGGCCUUGGUGCUUCCUUCGAUACCCAGAACCUGAACCAGGCUGCCCACAAGGUUGGCGCCAGCUUCACCUUCGAGGCUUAGAUGAAUUUUCCUUGUUUUCAGCACCCGCCCAUGCCUAGUCCUUUGUGCUCUGAUACUGCCUGAUAGAGUAGAUUUUGGAAGUCAUUGAGAAUAUCGAUUGAUUCCUGGUUGUCUCUCGUCCGGCUGUUGGUAUACGCGGGAUAGGAGUUGGGAGUGGGCGCGGGGUUGUUAUAUGGAUGUUUAGAUAAUAAUCAUGUAUCACACCCUUUCAACGAUAGUGUAUAUCAAUCAAGCCUAUAUUUCCUUGUUUCAAGCCAAGCCCGUCUAUAGUAUAUACACAUGGGGACUCUCCACAGAGUCGCGGGUAUAGAACCAGCU